AUGUGCACCAUAGUUGAGAACGAAACGGGCGAUCAGACACAUCCAUCGACGCCAGAAGUACCACGGGAGGAAGAGGAAGGACCCUCGGUGCCAACCCAUAUGUCGCCCCCUCCACUGCAACAACAGCAGCAACAGUCCCACGGACUCCAGACGCAACAUAACAUUCAGAACGCGAUGGACGUGGACGCGAACAUUGUCCCGACCGCGGCUUUCCUAGCGGAAGGCACGGGGACCGGCUCCGGCGUGGGCCGGCCUGUGUUGACCGGCGUCGGGACGGCCGCGUCGCCCACCUUCACCGACGUCAUCCGCCGGUCGCCGCCGCCGGCUCCCCCUGAGCUGCUGCGGAGGCUCGCCGUCAGGGACGCCCCCGCCGUCGGCAAGGUGAAGGUGAUGCUGCGGGUGUCCGGCGGCGAGGGGGCGCCAGCGUCGCACCUGAGCGUCGACUGCGGCAAGAAGCAGGUGGCGCUGUUCCAGCCGGCCGCCGCCGCCACGGCGCCCGCCGUCGACCAGGACCGGCGCGUGCUGGCACCCAAGCUGUUCGCCUUCGACGCCCUCUUCUCGCACGACCACUCCCAGAUUUUACCUUAUGUGCCUUGCUCGAUCCAGGGGGAGGUGUGUUCGAGUGCGCUCACUGACGUCAUCCACGCCGUCAUCAGUGGCUCUGACGGAUGCGUCUUCAACUUUGGUCAUCCAGGUCUGGGCAAGACGUACUCGAUGGUGGGCAGCGCGCAGUCUGCGCACACCCUGGGCGUGAUGCCGAGCGCCAUCGCGUGGCUGUACCGCGCCAUCGCAGAGCACCGCGCCCGCACCGGCUUCCGCUACUCGGUCAGGGUGUCCGCCGCAGAGGUCGCCGGCCACAUGCGGGACCUGCUGGCGGGACACGCCGACGAUCUUACUAAUUUUCCUCAACGAAUUAUAAAGGUCUGCUAA